AUGUCCAACACCCAGAUGCAGGUGGCCCCCACGCCAACCAUCCCGAUGGCCACCACAGAGGACCUGCCCCUCCCUCCACCACCUGUCCUGGAGGAUCUGCCACCGCCACCACCCAAGGAGUCCUUCUCCAAGUUCCACCAGCAGCGGCAAGCGACCGAGCUCCGCCGUCUCUACAAGCACAUCCACCCUGAGCUCCGCAAGAACCUGGCUGAGGCCGUGGCUGAGGACCUGGCCGAGGUCCUGGGUGCUGAGGAGCCCACUGAGGGUGAAGUCCAGUGCAUGCGUUGGAUCUUUGAGAACUGGCGGCUGGAUGCCAUUGGGGACCACGAGAAGCCAGCUCCCAAGGAGCCCGUGCCCAGUGGGGACGUCCAGGCCACUUCCCGCAAGUUUGAGGAAGGUUCCUUUGCCAACAGCAUAGACCAGGAGCCAGCGGGACCUCGGCCAUCUGGAGGGGAUGUUCGUGCAGCCCGCCGACUGUUUGAGACAAAGCCACUGGAUGAGCUGACGGGUGAGGUCGAAGCGCCGGAGGCCACAGUGAGGGAGCCUGCGGCCAGUGGAGAUGUCCAGGGUACCAGGAUGCUCUUUGAGACGCGGCCGCUGGACCGCCUGGGCUCCCGCCCCUCCAUCCAGGAGCAGAGUCCCUUGGAACUGCGCUCAGAGAUCCAGGAGCUGAAGGGCGAUGUGAAGAAGACCGUGAAGCUGUUCCAAACGGAGCCGCUGUGUGCCAUCCAGGAUGCAGAAGGCGCCAUCCACGAGGUCAAGGCCGCGUGCCGGGAGGAGGUCCAAAGCAACGCAGUGCGGUCAGCUCGUUGGCUCUUCGAGACCCAACCUCUGGAUGCCAUCAACCGGGACCCCAGCCAGGUGCGGGUAAUCCGGGGGAUCUCCCUGGAGGAGGGAGCCCGGCCCGAUGUCAGCACAACUCGCUGGAUCUUUGAGACGCAGCCCCUGGAUGCCAUCCGAGAGAUCCUGGUGGACGAGAAGGACUUCCAGCCAUCCCCAGACCUCAUCCCUCCUGGACCAGAUGUUCAGCAGCAGCGGCAUCUGUUUGAGACCCGAGCACUAGACACUCUAAAGGGGGAGGAGGAGACUGGGGCAGAGGCCCCGCCCAAAGAGGAAGUGGUCCCUGGUGAUGUCCGCUCCACCCUGUGGCUAUUUGAGAUGAAGCCCCUGGACACUUCCAGAGACAAGGUCCAAGUGGGUCACCUGCAGCGGGUGGGUCCCCGGGAAGAUGAGGGGCUCAUGUAUGAGCAUCUAUCCAAUGACAGUUCCUCAGCAAGUGCCCCCCAAAAGGAUGGGGUGAAGGGGGAUGUGAAGACUUUCAAGAAUCUUUUUGAGACCCUUCCCCUGGACAGCAUUGGGCAGGGUGAGCCUGCCACCCCCAGGAGUGUGAGCAAGGUAGAAGGAACUAAUUCUGCUGGGCAGUCCCAGGACACAGGGUCCCCAGUGUAUGCCAUGCAGGAUGGCAAAGGCCACCUCCAUGCCCUGACCUCUGUCAGUAGAGAGCAAGUCGUCGGAGGCGAUGUGCAGGGCUACAGGUGGAUGUUUGAGACACAGCCUCUAGACCAGCUGGGCCACAGCCCCAGCACCGUGGACGUGGUGCGGGGCAUCACCCGGCAGGAAGUGGUGGCUGGAGAUGUGAGCACUGCCCGGUGGCUCUUUGAGACCCAGCCCCUGGAAGUCAUCCACCAGCGGGAGCGGCAGGAAAGACAGGAAGAAGCAGGCAGGAGUCAGGCAGGUCCCCAGCCUGAGGCACCCGCAAAGGGUGCCGUGCAGACCAUCCGGUGGUUGUUUGAGACAUGCCCAAUGAGUGAGUUGGCAGAGAAGCAGGGGUCAGAGGUCACAGAUCCCACAACUGAGGCUGAGGCACGGUCCUGCACCUGGAUGUUCGUGCCCCAACCCCUGGACAGGCCAGAGGGCGACAGGGAGCAACACCUGCAGGUUAGCCAGGUCCAGGCUGGGCAAAGACAGACAGACAGACACGUCUUUGAGACUGAGCCUCUGCAGGCCUCGGGCCGGCCCUGUGGGAGAGGGCCUGUGCGCUACUGCAGCCGAGUGGAGAUCCCUUCGGGGCAGGUGUCUCGUCAGAAGGAGGUUUUCCUAGCCCUGGAGGCAGGGAAGAGGGAAGACCAGGGGACCAGGGCAAUCCCUGAGCCCAUCCCUGUGGGGUCUGUGCACAAGUUCACCUGGCUCUUUGAAAACUGCCCCAUGGGCUCCCUGGCAGCUGAGAGCAUCCGUGGGGGUGACCUCCAGGAAGAGCAGCCUGUGGGCUUGUCAGGAGCGGUGCUAGAGAGGCAGGAGACCGCAGCCGAGGGGACCCUGCGGACUCUGCACGCCACACCUGGCAUCCUGCACCGUGGAGGCAUCCUCAUGGAGGCCCGAGGGCCAGGGGAGCUCUGCCUUGCCAAGUACGUGCUCCCGGGCCCAGGGCAGGGGGCCCCCCACAUAAGGAAGGAGGAGCUGGUGUCUGGUGAGCUUCCCAGGAUUGUCCACCAAGUGCUGCACCGGCCAGACGUGGACCAGCAGGGGCUGCUGGUUCAGGAGGACCCCGCAGGCCAGCUCCGUCUCAAGCCGAUGAGGCUUCCAGCUCCAGGCGGCAGCGGGAAUGUCGCAGAUCUGGACCCAGAGUUCCAGCAGUUGCUAGCUUGUGGCUUGGGCACCUCUGCAGCAAGGACUGGGCUGGUGAUGCAGGAGACGGAGCAGGGCCUGGUCUCACUGACUGCCUACUCCCUGCAGCCCUGGCUAGCCAGCAGGGUGCCCGAGAGGAGCAGUGUGCAGCUGCUGGCCAGCUGCAUAGACAAAGGAGACCUGAGUGGCCUACACAGCCUUCGGUGGGAGCCACCGGCUGACCCAAGUCCAGUGCCAGCCAGCGAGGAGGCCCAGAGGCUGCCCCCAAAUGAAAGCAUCAUUCAUGUUCCCCCACUGGACCCCAGCAUGGGGAUGGGGCUUCUAAGAGGCCCAGGGGCCACCCCCUGUCCACCACGGACCGUUGAAAAGGCAGUCCAUCUGGCUGGCAAAGGAAAGCAAGAAGACAGCUGCACGGGGCAGAAAGGGACGGAAGCUUCGGGAAGGUCAGAAGGAGCCACUGCUACUCCGCCAGGGCCUGGGGCUGCAGACCUGCAGGCCACCAAGCAGAGCAAGCAGACGACAGCCGCUGAGGCCCACAGCCUGCACCAGCAGGCUCUGAACAAGCAGGGGCGGGGCCUCGCCCCUGGCACCGCCUCCUUUCCCUUCCAGGAUGGUCUCCUGCCAGCACCGGCCACGGCCCCUGGGACUGCUCAAAGGCCCAUGGCUGGAGGUGACCCCAGGAUCUCAGCAGCCCCCAGAAAGCUGCUGUGACAGGACCUGACUUCCCAGCCCGAGCCCACCAGGAGGAGGAUGC